CGUACCUACAGGUUACAAGCACUACUUAGGCGAGGCCGCAAACAGCCUAAAUUCCGGGGCCGGGGGAGUGGUGCUAAUAGAGGCAAGAUCAAAAGGGCGACGCUAGAGGCAAACUUCAAACCCCGGUUCGCAACGAGGAGAACAACAAACCAACACUCACAUCACUAGAGCUAGCCCUCGUUCGCAUCUUCAACGUGUUUCGACAUAACCUAGCUAAAAAGCAGCAGAUUGGCAGGAGAUAACAGCUACGUAUGUACCAGCUGGCCCG